AUGGAGGGAAGGUGUGCAUACGUCGUCCUCAUCAUGGCGGCAUACUGGAUGACGGAAGCCGUCCCGUUGGCCAUAACCUCCAUCAUUCCCGUCUUCCUCUUCCCCCUCCUUGGGGUCUUGGGCACCUCCAAGGUCUGCACGGUCUAUCUGAAGGAGACCAACAUGAUGUUCAUCGGUGGUCUCAUGGUCGCCAUCGCCGUCGAGCACUGCAAUCUUCACAUCAGGAUCGCGCUCAGGGUCCUCGUCUGGGUGGGAGCCUCGCAGAAAUGGUUGAUGCUGGGGUUCAUGCUGACGACGAUGUUCCUGUCCAUGUGGAUCUCCAACACGGCCACGACUGCCAUGAUGGUCCCCAUCGUGGAGGCCGUCCUCAUCGAACUCUAUCGGAGGGAAAAGGGUCAAAUGAAGAUCGAGGUGGUGAAUGGAUCGUCCGAGAAAGGCCGAGUGAACGGUCGGUCCGGGGACGACCCAGAACACGAUCGCCCGGAGGAAGAAAAGCCGACGAAGGAGCGACAGACGUCCGUCGCGACCGCUCUGUCCGCCGUGGAGAUGGAACACGACACGUGGCAAAACUGGGAGGAGGAGAAGGAGUCGGAGUUCAAAGAAGGCUACCACGAGGCUCGGAUUCAAGUCUUGUUGGCCGUGGCUUAUUCGGCCAACACGGGAGGAACGGGGACCCUCACGGGCACCACACCCAAUCUCAUCCUCAAGGCGGUCGUUGACGAGUACGUCAGUCGUCUUCGUGUCUCCCCUUGUCGGCCCGGUGUCUCCCCUUGUCGGCCCGGUGUCUCCCCUUGUCGGCCCGGUGUCUCCCCUUGUCGGUCCGGUGUCUCCCCUUGUCGGUCCGAUGUCUCCCCUUGUCGGCCCGGUGUCUCCCCUUGUCGGCCCGGUGUCUCCCCUUGUCGGUAUUACGGGAGCUCGACAGGGCUGAAUUACGGGACGUGGCUGGCGUUCAACGUUCCCGGGAUGCUCCUAAAUGUAUUCAUCUCCUGGAUCUGGCUCCAGUUCAUCUUCAUCUUCGCCCGGUGGAGGAAAAGUCGGAAACACCCGGGAAAUAAAGCGGGGAGUCGGAGCGACGCGGCGAAGGCGGAAGAAGCGGCUCGGAAGCUGAUCGCCAAGAAAUACGCGGAACUCGGGUCCAUGUCCUUCCACGAAUUCAUGACCCUCUUGCUCUUCGUCUCCCUCGUCCUCCUCUGGCUCUUCCGGGAGCCCCAGUUCAUCCCCGGAUGGGCCGACGUCAUCAAAGGGGACCAGAAAUUGGGGAUCGGAGACGCGACCGCUGCGAUGCUCAUCGUCUUCCUCUUCUUCGUCAUCCCGGCAAAGCCAAACUUCUGGUGCUUCCGGGAAUCACCAGAUGCCGAGCCGAAGUCGAGCCCGGCCCUUCUCAACUGGAAGGUCCUCCACGACAAGAUCCCCUGGGGGGUGGUCCUCCUUCUCGGCGGGGGAUUCGCGAUAUCCGAGGCAGCCGAGAAGUCCUGCAUGUCCUACUACAUGGGUCUGCAGAUGGGGAGCCUGGGCUUCUUGUCUCCGACCGUCCUCGUCUUCAUCGUCACUCUCAUGACCGCCAUGAUCACGGAGGUGGCCUCCAACACGGCCACUUGCACCAUCCUCAUGCCCGUCUUGGCCCAGCUCGUGAGAUACCGCUUUCGUUCCGCGACGGUACCUAGCCGACCUGCG